AACGACGUUAGAGGGAUCCGAAUUAGAAAGCGUGUGUUCCAGAAGAAGCAGCAAUCAUGGCUAUGCACGUUCCACAGGCACCGGGCUUUGCCCGCAUGAUGAAAGACGGGGCCCAGCAUUUUCAAGGACUGGAGGAAGCCGUUUAUCGUAACAUAGCAGCGUGUCAGGAGCUGGCACGCUCGACAAGGACGGCUUACGGACCGAACGGUAUGAACAAGAUGGUGAUCAAUCAUCUUCAAAAGCUGUUCGUCACGAACGACGCCGCCACGAUCCUCAAGGAGCUAGAGGUGCAGCAUCCGGCCGCGAAGAUGCUGGUGAUGGCUUCGCAGAUGCAGGAGCAGGAGGUAGGCGACGCCACCAACUGGGUGAUGAUCUUCGCGGGAGAGCUGCUCGCAAACGCCGAGGAGCUGCUGCGAGUCGGAUUGUCGCCAACAGAGGUCGCCGCCGGCUACAACCUCGCCGCGCCGCGCCGCCGUGAUCCUGCCAGGCUGCUUGAAGGGGUGCCGCCGACGGCGGAGGAGAUGGGCCCGCGUGCAGCGCGCGUACGUCGACAGAGAUCGGCGGCACGAGCGUCGUCGUGUUCCAGAGAGCGGAUGGGUAGGAGUGCCGCCGUUCUCACGGCUCGUCGUCCGCGGAUCACCGACAACAUCCCCAUGGACGACGUGGAGCGGUGCAUCCACGACGGAAUCAACACGUUCAAGGCGCUAUCGCAGGAUCCGCGCUACCUUCCGGGAGCGGGAGCAACGGAGAUCGAACUCGCGCGCCAGCUGACCGAGUACGCCGACACGUGUCCCGGCUUGGAACAGUACGCGAUCAAGAAGUUUGGAGAGGCCCUGGAAGUGUUUCCGAAGAUCCUGGCCGAAAACGCGGGCGUGAAGUCAACAGAGGCGUUGUCAAUGCUCUACGCAUCGCACCAGGAGGGCAAGAAGAACUCGGGCUUUAAUAUCGAGGGAGAGGGCGCCGCGAUCAUGGACGUUGCCGCGGCGGGCAUUGUCGACACCUUCCUGUCGCGACACUGGGGUCUGAGGUUCGCCACGUCGGCUGCCGUCACCGUACUGCAGGUUGACCAGAUCAUCAUGGCGAAGCAGGCGGGCGGACCGAAACCGAAGAAGAACGAGGAUUGGGACGAGGAUUGAUGAGGGCGCCACCUGUCGCCAUCGCGGGGGCGCCACCCGUCGUCGCCCGCGGCAAUGGCGGAAUGCGAAACACCGGCUUAUAUUUAUACGUGUGUCGUCAGUGUGUUUUUGUUUCUGCCGCACGGUUGACCAGGCUCGACUAUUCAAUAAUCACAUACCAGGCAUGCCGGCUCAAUAAUCACGUUCCAGGCCUGUCUACUCGAUAAUCGCAUACCAGGCCUAUCUACUCAAUAAUCCCAUACCAGGCUUGACUACUCAAUAAUUGCGGACCAUGGCGAUGACGGCGGGCGCGAUCGUUGCGUGACGAUGUUCACUUGUUCUUUUGAAUUCCGGUUUUCAACGGACGGCGCCAUUUUGUUGAUGAUCCAUUUCGAGGCGCAGUCUCAUUUCGCCUCGCGCAGUUGUCUUAGUUGCGACGGAGACUUAAAGGUCAAAGGGUCGUUAUUAUUUACGCCCCAAUUGCGAUUGGCAGACAAUUUCCUUCUCACUGCAUCUUUCUUGAACCGCGUAAGUUUGCGGUUGUCUCCACUGGGUGGCGCUGCUGCAUGCAGGCUUGCGAGACGUCGGCGCCAUUGCAGCCACGUGGCGCCAUCUGUCGGCGAGAAAAACCAAUAACGCCGUGGCGCACGACGGCCGCAGUUCGCGUGCGGUGGCGGGCCCUCGCCGGCGCCCCCUGGUGGAGUCAAGGGCAACCUCGCCGCGUGCCUGAGGAAUAUCCUGCGCCAUGUUUUGUUUGCGCGAUCGACAAAAUUAAUAAACUGGAACGAUGAUGAUUAA